AGGUUCCUGCAAAUUUGUAAAGUGAGUGGUGUCAAGUCAUUGCAAUGAAAUGUCAUUACCAAGACCGGCUUUGAUGAUCAAUACUUGCCUACAAAGUGUUUUCAAGCUAAAAUCAAGCCGUUUUCUUGUAAAAAACUACUCAAACUGUGUCAAAAUGGAUGAAAACAGCAUUAUUGCCUUGACUAAACAGCUGGCUCCACCUCUCACCAACGAUAAACACAAGGGCCAGGCUGGUCGUAUCGGUGUUUUUGGCGGAAGCUUGGAAUAUACCGGUGCACCGUAUUUUGCUGCAAUUGCUUCGCUGAAAGUUGGGGCCGAUUUGAGCCACGUUUUCUGUGCGAGGGAAGCAGCACCUGUUAUAAAAUCGUACAGUCCGGAGCUCAUCGUCCACCCACUGCUGGACGCCCCUGGGGCCGCUGCCCAGAUCGAGCCCUGGCUGGAUCGGCUGCAUGUGGUGCUCAUAGGGCCUGGCUUGGGCCGAGAAGCCUCCACAUUUAAGGUCAUCGACGAGGUGGUCGAGAUGUGCAAAGUUCGCAAAAAGCCUUUAGUGAUAGACGCCGAUGGUCUCUACUACGUCUCGAUAAACCCAGAUGUUCUCCGCGAGUAUCCCUCCCCUGUAAUUCUCACCCCCAACGUCAUGGAAUUUACAAGACUAAUCGGGUCUAAUGGCGAAGGGAAUAAAAAAGAACAAUCCGGGAAUUUCCUUGCAUUAGCAAAAAAUAUUACGAUUUUAUGCAAAGGACACGACGAUGAAAUUUUUAACAGGGAGGCGCUUGUCAGGGUCGUUGGGGGAGGCUCCGGGCGCCGCUGUGGGGGCCAAGGCGACCUGCUUUCGGGGGCUGUGAGCACCUUCCUGGCUUGGGCUUUGGAGCAGCUGAAACCUUGCGACAAUCGCCCCCUGAUUGCCGCAUUCGCUGCUUGUAAACUAGCGAGGGCUUGUAAUGCGAGAGCUUUCGCCAAAUAUGGCAGGAGUAUGACUUGUAGCGACAUGAUCCACGAGAUUCAUCCCGUUUUUGAUGAGCUUUUUGAAAGGAGAUAAUUCAAAAUAAAUCUUUGAUAGAGA